AUGGAGUCGAUGCAGGUAGAACAGCGCGACGAGCCCGCACCUCCACGGCUUGUCCUGAAACUGGUCAGCGCGGGCUUCGCCUUCUUUGUUGCUGGCCUCAACGAUGGCAGUUUGGGCGCUCUGAUUCCGUACAUCCGAGAGUCCUACCAUAUAGAUACAAAUCUGGUGUCCGUCGUCUACGGCACGACCUUCGUGGGCUGGCUCAUCGCCGCCCUAUCCAACAGCUACCUUAGCCAGUACCUCCAUCUCGGAGUCUUCCUCGCUCUCGGGGCCAGCCUGCAAGUUCUCGCGCACGCCCUGCGCCCCUGGACCCCUCCGUUCGCGCUCUUCGCCGUUACCUUCUUCUUCGCUGCCCUCGGCCAAGCAUACCAGGAUACCUAUGCCAAUACCUUCGUCGCGUCGGUGAAGGCCGCGCAUCGCUGGCUGGGCUUUAUUCACGCCAUGUAUAUGGCUGGAUGUUUGGUUGCGCCGUUCGUCUCGACCGCGGUAGCUUCCUCGUCUUCCCUUUCGGUAGGGCCGACAGCCCGGUGGAGUUUAUUCUACCUCGCGCCGCUGGGUCUGGGGGUUCUGAACUUUGGUUUGGUGAUGUUUGCGUUUCGCGAUUCGCUGGGAUUCAAACGGCGGACUGUCUCUGUCGGGGCUUGUCCUGCAGAUGACGGGACUGUCGAUGCGGUGAUGCCGGCUGAGGGAGGCAGCGCGGCCAAGGAGAUGUGGACCACCUUAUCGCUGCCCAGCGUGUGGGUGUUGAGUCUAUAUUUCUUUUUUUUUCUGGGCGCGGUUAUCACGGCCGGUGGUUGGAUCGUCGAGUACCUGGUUCAUGUUCGCGACGGCGAUCUCAAAGAGAUGGGCUACGUGCCGGCUGGGUUCUACGGAGGUGCGUUUCUGGGACGACUGCUGCUGGCAGAGCCGACGUAUCGGUUUGGUGAGCGACGCAUGGUCUUUGUCUAUGUGUGCUUGUGCUUGGCGCUGGAGCUGGUCUUUUGGUUGGUGCCGAAUAUUGUCACCGAGGCUGUGGCUAUCAGUCUGUUGGGCUUUUUCUCGGGGCCGUUCUUUGCGACGGGCAUCUCUGUGGCGUCGAAGUUGUUUGAUGCUGGGAUUCGGUCCUCGGCUUUGGCGUUCAUCUUCGUCCUGGGACAGGUCGGCGGCUCGCUAUUUCCGGCCAUCACUGGAGUUAUUGCAGCCAGGACUGGCGUCAAGGUCCUUCAGCCGAUCUUGGUUGGUUUGCUGGGCGCUACGGGGGUGACGUGGUUGAUGCUGCCGAAGAGCAGACUUCAUCAUGAAUAA